ACACGUUUGAUGUUUAUGUUGAUUUCUUCUCCUCUUCCCCACACCCACUAUAAAGUUAAAGUUGGUUCAACAAUAAAGAAAUUUGGCACCCAUUUCCCAUUUCUACUCACAAAUUUCCCUCACCCCAUUUUCCCCUUUUCUCUCUCUUCUUCUUCUUCUUCUUCCUACAACCCAAAGAACACAAAUAAAUCUCUAAAAAGUUGAACCCAAAAGUAGAAUUCCAACGAGCAAACAACCCAUUUUUCAGUUCUUUAGAAAAAAACCAGAGUUUAUUGAGAGAAGAAAGAGAAAGGGGUUGCUCUAGUGAGAGAUUUCUUUCAGCAAUUCAGCAUGUAGCUCAGGAAGAACCUUGCAAGUAGAGAGAGAGGGAGAGAGAGGGAGGGAGGGAGAGAGAGGGUGGAAGGGAGAAAACCCUUGUCUCUGAUUUUUCUUUUUUCCCUUUUGGUUGUUGUGUACAGCUUUUUGGAGGGUACUGUUUUUUUUUUUUUCUCUGUUGUUUUUGGUUGAACUUUUUUGGGUUUUUAGUGGUUUGUGUUCUUCGAUCAACUGUUGUGGGUUUUAUCCGAAUUUUUUUUCGGGUCUUUUUGAGCAGGAAUUUGCAGAGGACUUUCGGCAACUGGGUCAGUUCUGGUGGGUCAGAGGGUUGUCUCCUCAGAAAGAGGUUGUUGUGACCUAGCUCAGGGUGAGAACGGUUGUCCUCUUUAGUGUCAAGACCAUCCUCUGAACGACGAAGGGAAAUAAAUUAAUGCAAGGAAGAUGGGAAAGAAAGGCAGUUGGUUUUCAGUUAUAAAGAGAUUUUUCACUUGUCAGUCAGGAGAGCAGGUUCAUGAGAAUGACAGCAGAAAUGAAAGGAAAGGAGAUGGGAAAGGAGAGUCCACUUCUUUCAUUCCUAUCUUUAGAAAGCCGAGCAGUGUCGAGAAAAUCUUUAGUGAUUUUGAGAGGGAGCAGCAAAUAGUAGCUUUCCGGCCUCCAGCUCCUGAACGGCCAUCUACACCACCCUAUAUACCUCCUCAACCAGCUCCCCCUCGUGCUCCUUCUCCUCCUCGAGCUGCUCCUGCCAAAGAACCAUCUCCCAAGGCGUCUCCUCCUAGAGCUGCUUCUGCCAAAGAACCAUCUCCCAAGGUUCCUCCUCCUAGAGCUGCUCCUGCCAAAGAACCAUCUCCCAAGGUUCCUCCUCCUAGAGCUGCUCCUGCCAAAGAACCAUCUCCCAAGGUUCCUCCUCCUAGAGCUGCUCCUGCCAAAGAACCAUCUCCCAAGGUUCCUCCUCCUAGAGUUGCUUCUCCUCCUCAAGCUUGCUCAUCAUCAACAGUUGUCGAUCAUCACAAGGAAGUCAAGAACAUUCCAACCAUUGCCGAUCCUCAAGAGGAAGGGGCCCACAUUCCAACGGCUGUGAAUCAUUGCAACGAAGUCAGCUACAUUCCAAAACCAACCCCGACGAACCAUCAUUCUUCCGCUACUAAGAUCCAAGCAAUCUACAGAGGUUAUGUGGCGAGGAGAAGUUUCAAAGCGUUGAAGGGUCAGGUACGGCUUCUAGGUGUUAUACGAGGGAAUAAUGUGAGACGCCAGACAUUGAAUGCUAAGAAACAGAUGCAACUUUUGGUUCGGGUGCAAUCAGUUAUACAAUCACGACGAAUUGAAAUGCUGGAAAACCAGAGGCAACUCCAGGAUCAUCCCAAUGAUAAAGAAGCUCACAGUACCUUUGAUGCAUCCGAGGGAGGUAACCAUGAAGAUUGGGAUGAAAGCUCAAUAACAAAGGAGGAAAAAGAUGCCCGGUUGCAGAGAAAGGUAGAAGCGGCCAUUAAACGAGAACGUGCAAGGGCAUAUGCAUACUCUCAAUCCCACCAGAGAACCACUCCAAGAUUGGGACAAGAUUCUCAAAUGGAUACGUGCUCCAUGGGAGUUCCAAGGUGGUUGAAAUGGUUAGAAGGUCAGUUACCUACUGAAGGUUCUCCAAAGCAUCCUCUACCGAAACCUUUAACACCCCAGCCGGAGCAGAAGUCAAGCCCACGGUCUCCUUCAAGCAACAUUAGACGACACAAUUUCGGCUUAGAUGUUAGGGAUACUCCCACACCAAAGUCCACGAAAUCAACAGCAUUCUCAAAUGCAAAGCCUGCUCGGUCACCACUCCGAUUGAGAACCCCUCAAACAGCAAGGUCAACCAUCUCCAAUGAUUCGAGAUCACGAGGCAGCCGAGCAUUAUCUCCUUUUGACAUGAGGUUAAAGGAUGACGACAGCCUUGUUAGCUGCCCUCCAUAUAUGGCACCACACUAUAUGACUCCUACAAUUUCAGCCAACGCAAAAGUUCGAGCACGUAGUAACCCGAGGGAGAGGUUUCCAGGUACGCCAAGGAGCGAAGCAUCUAGCAGAAGACAAUCAUUUCCUCCAACGCAAAGUGUUGGAUCGUAUAGAAACAGAGGUUUAAUGUCGUCCCCGAAGGAUCAUGCAACAUUAGACGACAACCAAUCUUUGCGAUCGGUCGGGAACUUCAGCUUUGCUUCACUACCAACUGGAGUUAGAAGGAAACCAUUUAACAGAUUUGUGUGAUUUAGUUAACCCUUCUUCUUGUUCCUGUGUUUCUAAUGAUAGAAUUUGAGUGUAUUUAAUGUUAUAUGGUUUUGUGUUGCAAAAAUACUGAUUUGUAAUAAGAAACUCAAGGUUUGGAAUUGGGUUUUGGCUUGUUGGCUUUGGGUUUGGGCUUCUUUUAAUGUUAUACUUUGACUACUUCACAAUUUUUUUCU